AUGAGCCUUUCUAACACAAAAUGUUCAUCUCCAGCAAUACGCAUUGAAGGAGAAAGAGGAGAGAAAUCGGAAGUGGUCACAAAACCUGCUGAUGUAAAGAAGCCUGAGACCCCUGUGAAAGCUGCUUCGGAAGAAGUCCCACCUGCUGAAGUCAACCCUCCAGCCACCGAAGAAAGCAGCGAUGCUGCUGCUGCUGACGAAGCUCCUGUUGAGAAGGUCGAAGAGGCUUCAGCUGCUGCAGGUGGCGUCGAGGAGACUACUGAAACGAGCGAGGAGGGAAACGCAGGUGAUGCAGUGGCUGCUGAAGAACAGGAGAUAAAGGUUGAAACUGCGCCCGGCAGAUUUUUCGCUUCGCUACCACCAACCAAACAAGACAUUGCUUCACUCAAUACAUUGAGUACCAUCGUUUCCCCUAGUUGUGUUGCCGCCAAGGGAGAAGGUGCUCCCGAAUGCGAUAAGUUUGCGAAAUACUACCCUUCUCUCUGUCCCUGGGAAUGGGUAAGUACCGUACCCCAUUAGAUUAGAUCACACUGAUAGGAGGAUUUGCAUCGCGAUACAUACAUGUUAUCACGUUAAGCUUAUAUUCUAAAAAUGGGACAUAUGGAACCUAUGAGAUUAGCCAUUUGGCAUUAUUAAACCUGAUUUUACGCUUGUAUUGAACCGGAGGAAUUAUUGCGUGUUAAUUUCUUCCGACUCCCGAGUCCAACUUGUUACACGGAAUGGAUCAUGAUUCAUGUGCUGCGCAC